AUGCCUUCGAGCUCGCGCCCUUCCAAGAUCCACUACAGCUCCUCGUCUUCGUCCGACUCCGACCUCUCGUCCGCCUCUUCAUCCUACAGACACAGCAUGGACUCCGUCUCAAGACCGAUUGCCUCCGUCGAGGUCCUCCGCUGCCUGCGCUGCGCGAGGGCGGUCGAGGCCACCUCAACAGACGACUCCAGCUCGACCGGCAUGGUCCGCAUCGCCCACAACCUGUACUACUGCGAGCGCUGCGCCAAGAUGGUCGGCUACAAAUGA